AGCCACACCAGCUAAGCUAUAUGUUUGGCUUUUCUGCACUAGUACUAUUGAUUUAUUCAGUUCAAGCUGGCUCAUUGUGGAAUGAAAUGUAUACUUAUGUACCUGGCGACAUGGCUCCUGUUGAUGGUGUCAUUCCUCGUAGCAGAGCAAGCUGUUGUGAACAAAAACUCGUGCACAGCCGUCACAGACGAAGGCGUUAUAGAUCUGCGACCUCUGGCUAACAAUGACAGCUCACCAAGACCGCCGUCAUAUAGCUGGAAUAUUGGUGAGUGCGGCGAGGAACAACAAACAAACAAACAAACAAACAAACAACAUCCAUACUGGUUCGUGGAUGUCACGAAAGACAAAGAAUCAACAUUGCGAUUUUCUUGGAACCCAUGUUUCAACUUUGACGAACAAGGCUGCCAUCAAGCGGAGUUGUGCGCAUUGACUCCGCACUUUGACCUCAGCUACAACCUUGGGAAUUCGUCACAGGCCAGAUUUAUACACGACCCCAGUUUCGGUCUUAUCCUAGCUUACAACGCUUCUGACAUCUACGACAGAAGCAUUUCGAUUAUCCAGCUCAUAUGUGACCUGACCGAAGAAGGUAUAUUCCAAGUUGUUGAUGACAGCCCAGCUCAACCAUACCAUUUCAUUCUGAGAAGUCAGCACUGUUGUCCAAAGAUGCAAAGCACUGUCAUCCAAAGAUGCAAUCCAAACGGUGUACCUGAAAAAGAUCUUGCGAAUAAACUGCAGUCUUAACGCGUGUUAUGAUCCCCUA